AUGAGCACCGAAUCAGGAGUCAAAACACAGUCGACCUUUGAUAUAGUAGCGACAUAUCGCCGCAUCCUCAAAGAUGACCCGGAACUCACCAUGCCCGUCGCGGCCAUUGAGGCGCUCGUAGAAGCCAUCGCACAGAGCUCCGUCUCCACCGUCGCCGAGACGCUCGACCUACUCGAACGCCAUACGGCCGCCCUGAAGGCUUCAAUUGCGAACCCAAUCUCUCUUUCCGCCGGCACAGAUCUCUUCCAGCGCUACCUCAUCACAACGCUCAACCGCCCCGCGAGCCUGAACCUGGGCCCAGACGACGACUUCCGCGCGAUACGGAACCACCUACUCUCCAAUGGCAAGCUGUUUGUGGAUCGGGCCAAACAGAGCCGGGAGAAGAUAGCGAGCUUCGGCAAGCACUUCAUCCGCGACGGGGGUACUGUGCUCACAAAUGGUGGAUCGCGAGUAGUGGGUGCGCUCUUGAGAAGGGCAGCCGAGUCAAGCACUCUCCGCUUCAAGGUCAUAUAUGUCCUACCCUCGUCAAGCUCCUCGGACGCGAAAGAGGGCCUUCAGACGGUCGCCGAUCUGCGAGAGCACAACGUUCCAGUAGCCACGAUUCCAGACUCGGCCGUCGCAUACUCACUAGGCAAGGUCGAUAUGGUCAUCGUGGGAGCCGAAGGCGUCGUAGAGAAUGGUGGUAUCAUCUCGCGCAUGGGCACCUACCAGCUGGGUGUACUAGCUAAGAGCAAAGGAAAGCCUUUUUACGUGGUUGCCGAGAGCCACAAGUUUGUCAGGCUCUAUCCCCUCAGCCAGUUCGAUCUGCCUAUUGAGCAAAAGGUGCUAGACUUCAAGGUCGCAGAGGAACACAAGGAAGAACACAAGACCAAGAGCGAUGAAGAGCAACGGAACGUCUUCGACGAAGCCAUUGCAGACAUGACUGCGAAACAAGCGUCGACAGUCGCUCCACUCGACGCUCACGACGCCGUUGACUUUACGCCUCCCGAUCUGAUCUCUGGCAUCAUUACCGAGUCCGGCGUUCUCACCCCGUCUGCCGUCUCAGAGGAGCUGAUCAAGAUAUGGUUUUGA